AGAAGAAGACGAAGCCGCAGCAUCAAAAUGUUCGCGCAGUGUACAAUUUAAGUUACUGAUUAGAGGCAGCGAUUUGUUGGUGCACGUUUCUCAUUUUUAUUGUGGUCAAUAUGAACAUUCUGCAUGUUUUUGCGUUCGCUUUAGUGAGUUUACAAAGUGCGCCGAAGGCCUUAUCCUGAUAGCUAGCGAUAGCAACUAACAUAAGCCAUACUGCAGCUCUGCUUCUUUCAACCAUUCACAAACUUUUCCUGAAAUAAAGGGUCAGCACCAUGAAUCUUUUACGCCUGUUGUGCCGCCACAAGACAGCUGUGGUCAUUGGCACUGUGUGCAGCUUUGCUGUUGUUCUUGUCUUCUUGGCCAAAUGCACUUCAGAAACUUUAAAACAGGGCCAUCCAGAACCUCCAGGCUUAGCCCCUCUUGCCAAAUCUUUGCAGUCUCGACCAAUGCACCAUAGCCCACCUUCCACAUCCAAGGACUUAUCUGCAUUCCUGGUGGUCCUCAUCACAACUGGGCCCAAGUAUACAGAGCGCAGGAGUAUCAUUCGCAGCACCUGGCUAGCCAAGCGUGAGUCUGACGUUCUGGCCAUGUUUGUGGUUGGCACUCUGGGACUUUCUAGUGAGGAUCUGCAGAACCUUAAGACAGAGCAAGGCCGGCACAAGGACCUGCUCUUACUGCCCGAGUUGCGAGACUCGUAUGAGAACUUAACGCUCAAGCUGCUGCACAUGUACUCCUGGUUGGACCAAAAUGUGGACUUCAAGUUUGUCCUAAAGGCAGAUGACGACACGUUUGCUCGCUUAGAUCUUCUUAAAGAGGAGUUGAAGGGGAAAGAGCCACACCGGCUGUAUUGGGGCUUUUUCUCAGGCAGAGGGCGAGUGAAAACGGCUGGGAAAUGGCGAGAAAGCUCCUGGGAGCUUUGUGACUACUACCUUCCCUAUGCACUAGGUGGGGGCUACAUCCUAUCAGCUGACUUGGUACGGUAUGUGCACCUCAAUGCAGGCUACUUGAAGAUAUGGCAGAGCGAGGAUGUGUCACUGGGCGCCUGGCUGGCAGCGGUUGAUGUUCGGCGUAUGCAUGACCCACGUUUUGACACAGAGUAUAAGUCACGAGGUUGCAACAACAAAUAUUUGGUGACGCAUAAGCAGAGUUUGGAGGAUAUGUUGGAAAAACACCAGACUCUACAGCGUGACGGGAGGCUCUGCAAAGAGGAAGUGAAGCUGCGGUUGUCUUAUGUGUAUGACUGGAGUGUGCCACCCUCACAGUGUUGCCAGCGGAAGGAUGGUAUCCCUUAAGUUUUGAAGUUUUGACCCGUGAAUUCUUUUGGCCUUCUAAAUUCAGACCCUUGAAUAUGUCAGUGCUUUUUAACACAAGCCUGUCAUGUUGAUGGCCUGCUCCUUCUGCUGUACCUCCUGCAAAACAUUUUAAACACCGGGAAAUGUGUAAAGUAUAGAAAGAAUUCUCUGCCACGCUAGAAUAAUGAAACAGCAGGUGAAAACAGCCCAUUCUUAACUUGUUGGGAUGUCUACUUUUUGUGACCACAAUUUAUUUUGUAUAUUUAUUUAUUUUAAUUUAUUCAGAUGCAAUUACAGUACACUAAUACUGAGUUGGGACAGAAGCCCAGUGGAUGUCAUUGCUGCUUGUGAAUAGAAUUUGUAUUGAUGAAUGUCAUGUUAUUCACAGAAUGUGUGAAUAAGGAAUUCUCAUGUUUCAUCCAGUUUGUUUACAGUCAGGUGUCAAGUGUUUAAAAUCCCACAGAAUGUGUAAGACUGGUCUCCUAUUGGCAACUUGUGGCCCCGAUUGGCAUCCCAAUUUCAAA